AGGAUGCUUUCAAAGUCAUCGAGGAAAAAGGAGGGGAAGUCAUCAUAAAUUGAAUUGCUGCUGAUCAUUUGGCUUACAAGCUUCCUAACAGGUUCAGUGAGCACUUCAUUAGGAUUGUUAUUAGUCUUUUACGAGACCAGUUGGUCUUCUUCGUCAAGUGGCUGACACCUAGCGAUAGCCAUGAAGAAAAUUAUCAUUUUCUGUGCGCUUGUCGUGCCAUCUUUAUCCGCACCGAGUGGAUGCACCGAAUCCUGCAGAACCUAUUCGAAUUAUAAUUCGCAAGAACAUACAGCUGAUCUUGAGAAUCUUGCUCAACAAGCAACAGUCGCACUCGAUAGUAGUCCGUUGAACUUCGAUAGUUCAAGACCUGGAAAUUGGUCAGAGCAAGAUCAAUAUAAAACUGAUGGAGGUCACGGUCAAGUCUACCAGGAACAUGGUCAGUACGUACAAGGUCCAAAGCGUGUACGAUUCUUCAAGAAGAAUUAUACCUCUUCCUACAGCACUGGAAGACUCGGUGGGUUAGAAUCUAUGAAUUUGGGAAUUGCAAAUAAUAAUGGAGGAUACGACGCCUCGCAGUUAUCGCAAACUACUGCGGAACGUUUCAGUCAUUUGUUUGACCAAUCAAGUAAUUUGGAAGCGAACAAUUAUGGAAGUGCACAGCCCAUACUACAUGGACAUCAAUCUUCGAGGCGAGUGGGUAGCCAAAGUGAACGGCUGGAAGACUUCGGAGAGUUAUCUGGUAGUACUCAAGUAUCUCAGCAUGGUAUAUCUGGCUUUGAUUCCCAAACAGCACAGGGACAAGACAUCCAGAGUACCUAUGGUCAUUCACAACUUGACGCUUCGCUACCUGGUAACUGGAGUAAAGCAGAUUCUUAUAGAACAGACGGUGGGAAUGGUAGAGUUUACGAAGAACAAGGUCAGGUUGUUACUGGGCCCAGACGCAUUCGAUAUUACAGAAAAAAUUAUACGUCCAGUUACACGAACGCUGGUAUGCCUAAUAUUAAUUUAGGCACGAUUAACUUGGACAGAGAUAUACAACAGUUCGGCAAACAAUAUGAUAGUUUUGGAAGAGAGAUUCAUCAAGUAUCAUCAAGCAAUAUUCACAGUGAUAAUCAAGAUCUACAGAGUACUGGAACUACUUAUGGAAAUAAUGAAUAUAGAACGGGAUCCGUGCGAGUAGCUAAUAAUGAUUUAAUUAAUAGUAAUUCACAAGGAUUGUCCCAAGGGACUCUCGAUAUCGGUGCACCUUCUACGAAUUAUGGGCAAAGGACGUCAGGAACGCGGUAUCCUCAAGUAUCUACUACUAGGGACGAAGCUGCAACUUCUAAUUCCGAUGGAAACAGUUACGUUAGCAACCAACAAGGUUCUCGAAGAAUCUAUUGGCAAGCGACACCUAGACCUGUCACAACAAUUGGUCAAUCUGGUCAUCAACAAGUGGCAUCGAGUGAAAGUUAUACUUCAGGCACUCAACAGAGUUAUCAAAAUUCUUAUGGCUCAGAGGAUCAUCAAAUUUCUCAAACUGCUAAUCGUGGAGGACAGGUUCACGAUCGCGUACCAAUUGGUAGUAGUCGUGGACAGUAUGGGGCCACCAGUCAAGAUAUAUUGCAAAGUCAAGUGGAUCAAGCUCAGCAAUCACAAGUGUCGGAUUCGCAGCAGUCAGGAUAUGCUCAAGGUCAAGUUUCUACCGCGAACCAUGACCAAGGGGGAUAUAUCCAAAACUUUGGACAAUCUAGCGGAACUCGACCUGGCCAAAUUAGGCAUUAUCAGGAAUACUCGAGCAGUUCGAGUCAUCGUACAGGUGGUUAUGUUCCUGAUAUUGGCACUGGCAAUCUGCAAGUAGACGAUAGUCAGCAAACGCAACAAGUUACUCAGCAACAUUCUGGAAGGAUUGAAUCAUCCAAUCAGCAAACGUCAUACGAUAUACUCCAUGGGCAUAAUACUAACGUAGGUGAAGCCAAUCAAAAUUACAAUUACGCUUAUGCAACGCGUCCUGGAAAAUUAAUUACGGGUAUUCUCGAUUUGGGGCACAUUAACAAAGGUGCCGAUUGCACUCAAGCAUCCGGAACUACGGGGCAAGUUUCAUAUGGGUCGCAGUAUCGUAGAAUGUAUAAACGGGGUGCUACAUAUCGGGAAGGUCAGAAUUUAAGGCAACAAUCUAACAAAUUUGAUGAUUUCACACAGGGAAACGAGGGCCUUACUCAACAAAAUGAAGAUUUGACGCAGCAGGCGACAAGUGGAAUAGUGUUUGGACAACAAACACAGCAAACUUCGGAGCCUGAUCAGUUUCAAGUUGGUAAUCAACAUGUUGAAGAUUUAACUCAACAGAGCGAAGAUUUUGUACAACAGAUUAGCAAAAUCGAACUUGGACCACAACAAUCUACAAAGCCUGGAAAGUUACAGGUAGAAAAUCAACAAGUUGGUGAUUUGAUUCCACCGGAUGAGGACUUGACGCAACAAACAGGAGGUUUUGAAGAUUUCACACAGCAAACUUCAGGAAAAAUCGAAUUAGGACAACAAAAAUCGUCUAUACCAGGACAAUUAGAAGUUGAAAAUCAAGAAACCCAUGAUUUGACUCAACAUGCUGACGGUUUUGAUGAUUUUACACAACAGACAUCAGGAAAGAUUGAAUUAGGACAACAACAAUCGUCUAUACCAGGACAAUUAGAAAUUGAAAAUCAAGAAACCCAUGAUUUGACUCAACAGACUGAUGGUUUUGAUGAUUUUACACAACAGACAUCAGGAAAGAUUGAAUUUGGACAACAAACGCAACAAUCACGGAAGCCAGGGAAGCUGCAGGUUGAAAAUGAAGACGUCGAUGACUUAACGCAGCAAACAGCAGGAUUAGAUGACUUUACACAACAAACUUCCGGAAAGAUUGAAUUUGGUCAACAAUUCGAACUAAACAAAUUUCAAGGUGCUAAUCAGGAAACUGAGAAGGUGCAUGAACAAACUGAUGGUUUUGAUGAUUUUACGCAACAAAUACCCGGGAAAGUUGAAUACGGUCAGCUAGAAACACAAUCAUCUUCCUGGAGACCUGGACCACUGCAAGUUGGCAAUCAGGAGGUUGAAAAUUUGACUCAACAAACGGGAGACAUCGAUGACUUCAUCCAACAAACGUCGGGAAAAGUAGAGAUGGAUCAACAAAGUCAAUCGUCUAGGAAGCCUGGAAACUUCAACGCGGACGGUCAGAGCAAUGAUGAUUUAGUUCAACAAACUGGAGGAUUUGGAGAUUUGAUGCAGCAGACAUCGGGCAACUUCGAAUUUGGACAAGAAACACAAGAUUCUUGGAAUGUUGGACAACCGCAGAUUGGCAAUCAACAGGCGGAAGAUCUUACGCAACAAAAUGAGGAUUUAACGCAAACAACUAGCGGUUUCGAAGAUUUCAUACAAUCUCCAUCUGAGAGUUUUGGUAAUACUCAAAAAACUGAACAAUUUGGAUUAAAUCAGCAGGUAAACGAACAACUCCCAGCUCCAAAACCCAAAUUAAAAAGGAAGCAUCCAAAACCGAGUCAAAUUAAUUAUGUCCAACAAGGUGAACUUCAUCAAGAGACAACUGGAGUUUUACAGAGUCAACAGAAAAAUGAUCAAUUGAAUCAUGCUCAACAAAGUAAUGUUGAAUGGGAAAGUAGUGACAGUGUUCAACAAAUCGCUAAAGAAACUGUGCAUGGUCAAGAAAACGUGAACAAUGAUAAUGUAACGCCUCUUGAGGUUGAUCUUGAAGUGGACGAUAAUAUUAGAACUGGAAAUGUUAUUCGCAGAGGAGAUCAGUCGCAGGUUUAUUACAGAGAAAGUGCAAAGAAACCCAGUGAAGUCGAAAAACCACAAUCCAAUAGCAAUGUUCCUCAACAAGGUACUGUGACUAUUCAACAAACAGGACAUAGACCUGACUUCACAAUUGAACAUUACAAUGGUUAUGGAGAACGUCAAUCGGGUUCUGAGUGGCAUGAUACUCAUAAUGUAGCUGAUUUGACCAAUAGUGAAGGAGUACGUUCACAUCCUCACCAAAGCAGCUAUGUGCCAUCUACUGCUUCUAGUAGCAAUGGACAAACUAAUUACGUACAAUCUUCACAAAGUCAACAGAGUCUUGAUAAUCAACAGCAGUUUCCUGAAAGUAAUAUUGGCCCGGAUUUCGGGCAACAACAAAACACGGAAGAUUUUCAACAACAAUCGAGUCAAUUAAAUUUCGAUCAAAAUUCCGAGGACCAGAAAGAUUUCAAUGAUUUUCAACAGCAAACAAGUCACAUUAGUUUUGACUCACGUCCACAAUAUCCACAAUAUUCAAGUGAUCUUCCACAGCAGUCGAGUCAGUUGAAUUUUAAUAAGAAUUUUGAUGAUCAUAAGGAUGUUGAUGAUUUUCAACAACAAUCGAGUCAGAGUAUUUACGAAUCAGGAGCACAUCAACAAAAUUCAAAAAAUCUUGAAAAUCAAAUUACUCCAGUAAGCAUCAAUAAUGUAUCUCAAAAUAAGUUGAACUCUGAACAGUUGCACCAGCAAUACAGUCAAAAUAAUUUUGGCCAACAAGCACCUGAAAUUUUAGAUCUCACUCAGCAAAGUAAUAAUAACUUCCAAACUUUUGAAAAAGAUGAACAGAAAGUUGGAUUUCAACAGCAUGCAGAUAAUAUUGAGCUUGAUCAUCAACAGUUUCAAUAUGGUCAAGAAGAUACUGACAACUUACAACAACAAUCCUCCAGAUUUGAGACAGAAAGAGAUAUUGAUCAAACAAGUCAAAUAGAACAACAGUCCACAAUGCAAAAAGGUGAAGAUGUAAAUAUUGAACCACGAUUGUUAGAAGCCUAUGGUGGAGGAUCAUUUGAUUCUGUUCCCAGCAGAGAUAUUUAUAACAAUGCCAGAAGAAAUCCCAGUGCUACUUUAACUCCUUACACAAGUGGAGCAGAUCCAUGGGUCAUUUGGGAAAAACCAAAAGUAAUGACAACAGUGACAACGACUACAGAAGAAAUCACAACCACAGCACCAGAAACUACUACAAAUGUUCCUUUCACUACAGAAACUGCUGUAACAACAGAAGCAUCGAUUUGGCGAAGGUUUGGAAAUAAAUUAACAAAUACGUAUGACAAAUUCAGAGGAUCAGCCAGAGUUCUUUUUGGAUAAAAGUAUAAUAAAAUAUAGUCAUCUACUUUUAAUCCAUUAGAUUAAGAUUGAUCUAAAGAAUAUGUAUUUGUCACUCCGAUAUAAUAAAUACGAAAUUAAAACUCUGUAAGAUGUAUUUAACAGAUAUAAUAUUAAGCACCAUAUAUUAUAAGCUCUUGUGAUCCAAAUUAAUGUGGAAAUAUGAUUAGUGAUAUAAGAUUUAAACUUUGUCAUUAGGUCAAAUUUUGUACAUGCUUUUUUAAGCAUAUGAAUAUUUUUCUAAUAAAAUUAUGAACUGUUUUUUAU